AUGACACAGAAGCACCCAAACGUCCAAGCCAUACGAGCCGUCUCCAGAACCAGUCGCCCCUCAACCCCAAACUCAGACGAUAUCAUCUACAUCCAGGUCUACACCGACCCGGAAACCAAGAACCAGUUCGUCCUCUGGGACGAUAUCCGACAAGUCUUUGGUGACGCCCUUCAUGUCCGACACCAGGCCAAGGCGCUUCCCUUUCUGAAAGGCGCGGACUAUCACCCGUUGAAGCCGUUUCGGAUUGCCGCGGUACCGAAUGUUGUGCUGGAUGUACAUGUGAGCGAGCAAAAGGCUUCUUCUGCCACGCAGGCAGAAGUCUCUCCUCCUCUUCCUGCUAUUGCUUCUGCACCUGCACCGCAACAACCAUCGGGACUGGACCAGAUUUGUCAACAUGCAUCGCACUAUCCGAAAUACGACCCUCUCACAGCUCUGCAGUCCAACCCCGCACCUCAACCACUGGCUCCAACUCAACAGCCAUCUGUCGUGACGCCAGUUCACGUCCUCAACAACAAUAAUAAGGAAGCCUCCCUCAAGCAUGUGGAAGAGGCGACCAAGAGAAGCACUAAAGCGGCCCAUGUGGAUUUGGAACAGUUGAACGAGCGGGGCGAUACUUCUCCAGAGGAUCACAAGAAGGUGGUGGAGUGUUACCUGAUGAACAGUCAUCGGGGUCUUACCAAGGCGUUGAUCAGCGUGGGCGAUUUGUUAUUUGAGGGUCAAGGAGUUACGCAGGAUAAGAAGGCUGCCCUUGGAUGGUAUCUCAAGGCUGCCUCUCAAGGGGAUACCUUUGCCCAAGCCAAGGUUGAUGCACUCUUAUUUAAGAGUAGUCGCGACGAGGUUCGGACAAGUGAUCGUCUUGGAGAUGCGUUCGAGAACAGUUCAGUAUGCACAGAGGAUACGUUGACGACGCGCGUGGUCGACGAUGCCAGCACUGCCACGAGGGAUUCAGGAGAGGAGAGAGACGUUAUGAUAGAAUCCAUUGCCUCCUUGACAAUCGUCGACCAACAGGACGACGACGACGAGCUACCACCAUACGAUUAUCAUCCAACCACGCAACCCCAACGCCCUCAACAACCCCGAUCCACCUUCUCGACCUACUUUGAAAGCGACACCAUCUCCAUCGUGAUCUGCGACGCCAAAGAAGGAAACAAGGACGCCCAAUUUGCACUCGGAGAGCGAUACAGGCUUGGGAAAGGUGUUCUACAGGACGAUAAAGUGGCGUUGGAUUGGAUCUUGAAGGCUGCUCAACAGGGGGAUGGGGCGGCGCAGUAUCAGGCGGGGCAGAUGUAUGAAGAAGGGUUGGGGACGGGGACAGGGAAAGAUUUGAAUAUGGGGUUGGCUGCGGCUUGGUAUCGCAAGGCUGCUGAGGGGUGUGUUGCGGAUGCGCAGGAGCGGUAUAUGCGGUUGAGGGAUAUGGGGUAUAGAUGA